AUGGCCCCGGAUUCAAAACUAAAUGCAAAGCGGAAGGCCCAGCGAGAAGCCAAUAAACCACCCAAGGCACGUCCUGAACGACGCUCUACUGAAGAUGGUGCCACCAAUACGCUGGUCCAGCAAUCCAUCCCAGUCGAACUUCAGCAAGUCUUACUGAACAUUUUUCGCGACUCAUUUGCGGAAUGCCUGAGCACCGAUUUUGGACCGCUACUACAGCAAGUAAAGGGCCAUUUGUAUAAUCGCGAUUUUGCGACUGCAUUUGGCAAGACAGAAUACCUUGAAAUGUAUGCGGCGAGGUGGAGUCCAAGUCGCGCGUUGGGAUAUCUUGAUUUAUUUUGGGAUUUGAGAGAACCACUGGAGUUUACUCCCAAGGAAGAUGCGGCCAAUGGUGAGGAAGGCAUGGGCAGCGGGGGCUGGAAAGUCGUGUGCUUGGGUGGUGGAGCUGGGGCUGAGAUUGUCGCCUUGGGAGGAUUGCAAAAGUUGCUAUGCAGUAAAGACUCGGACAAGAAAGAUCAAGAUGAGAAGAAGAAGACGAUGAAAAAGAUGGAAGUGACGGCUAUUGAUAUCGCAGACUGGAAUGUGGUGGUGGACAACCUAGCAAAACAUCUUACGACUGCACCGACACUUUCAAAGUACGCUUCAGCUGCCGCGAAAGCUGCAAACAUGUCUUUCAUGGAGCCGGAGGAUAUAGCAAUCACCUUUCAUCAACACGAUGUCCUGCAAGCAUCUGCAUCGGACAUGACGUCGCAGCUAGCAGAAGCACACCUAGUCACUUUGCUCUUCACACUCAACGAACUCUACUCCACGUCACUUUCCCUGACCCAGAAGCUACUCCUCCAGAUCACCUCCGUCUUGAAACCUGGAUCACUGCUCUUGGUUGUUGAUAGCCCCGGAAGCUACUCUUCAGUCACCUUGAACGGAGCAGAGAAGAAGUACCCUAUGCAAUGGCUUCUUGAUCAUACAUUAUUGAAACAAGCUAGCAGCAACACGAACGAGCGCGGCAAAGAAGAGGUAGCAAGUUGGGAGAAGGUCAAGGAAGACGAGAGUCGAUGGUUCAGACUGGACGACAGGCUGAAAUAUCCCAUUGAACUUGAAAACAUGCGGAUGCAGAUGCAUCUGUAUCGAAGAGUGUAG